AUGUUAAUGCACAGCUUCUUUUUGUUCAGUUUUGGACUAAUUUUUACUGGAAACCCUUUUUGGAUAAAAGGUGUAUCCUCUGAAUACACAUCCAGACUUUCUACAUUAGAAAUAAUCAUUCCUCGAAGUCUGACAGGCCGAGAGAAACAUCCCCCAUUUUCUCAUGAGGAGCAUUCAGAUGACAAUCUUUCUUUCUCAGUUAAAACCAGAAAUGGAACAUACCUCCUAAAGCUGAAGAAAAAUAAAAAACUUCUCAGUGACAACUUUAAGCUGUACACAUAUGGGGAAAAUGGGAAACUGCAGGCAACACCAUCCAAAAAUGAGACACACUGUUAUUAUCAUGGCACUGUUGAAGGAAUUGCUGACUCCACACUUGCUCUUAGCACAUGUGAUGGCCUUAGGGGAAUUCUCUACAUUGGAGGCAAAUGGUACGGAAUGGAGCCCCUCAACACAUCCAGCACAUUUGAACAUGUGCUUUAUGGACUGGAGGAUGAGCAGGGUAUCCCCUUCCACUGUGGGGUGCUGAAUGGCAGCCUGGAGCAUGAGAUGUUUGUGAAGCAGUCUGUGAAAUACACAUUUUCAUCAAACAGUACCUCCAGCAGGGACAGGCACCUCAGGGAGAAGCGAGCUGUCCUGCCCCAGAAAAGCUAUGUAGAAUUAUUUGUGGUUGUGGAUCACAACAGGUUUUUGCUGAAGAAUUCUGAUCCUGCUGCAGUGCAAAAGGAAACAGUGGAGCUGAUUAAUUAUGUUGAUGGGAUGUAUAGUGCAUUAAACAUCCAGAUUGUUUUGGUUGGAUUAGAGAUUUGGACAGAUGCCAACCACAUAUCUGUGAUGGAUGGUUCAGCUGGGGAUGUGCUGAGUAGAUUUGUUUCUUGGAGACAGAAAGAUCUUCUGAAGCGCUCAAGAAAUGACGUUGCUCACCUCAUAAUAGGGAGAAGCUCUUUCAGUGGAUCCAUUGGAAUGGCUUUUGUGGGCUCUGUGUGCUCACAUGUCCAGGGAGGGUCAAUCAGCACUCUGAAUCAUGACAAAAUGUUACGGCACGCCACAGUAGUGGCACAUGAGCUGGGGCACAAUCUGGGAAUGAAACAUGAUGACAAGAGGUGUCCUGCAUCCUAUAUCAUGCACAGCACAGAUAAUGGAUCCAGGAAUUUCAGCACCUGUAGUGCUGAUGAUUUUGAGGCCUUUAUUCUAAAUGGAGGAGGAAACUGCCUUAGGAAUCCUCCCAAAACAAGUAAUGUGUACAAAGAACCUGUCUGUGGUAAUAAUGUGGUCGAUAAAAAUGAAGAAUGUGACUGUGGCAAACCACAGGAAUGCUCCAACCCCUGCUGUGAUGCUGCCACCUGCAAACUCACACCUGGCUCACAGUGUGCUCAAGGACUGUGCUGCAAAAAUUGCAAGUUUAAAGUGGCAGGAGCAGAGUGCAGAGCAAAACAAGAUGUCUGUGAUCUCCCUGAGUACUGCAAUGGAAGCACUGCCUACUGCCCAGAUGAUGUUUACAUCAUGAAUGGUUACCCAUGCAGCAACAGCAAAGCUUAUUGCUACUAUGGAGUGUGCCAGAGCUUUGAUUCACAGUGUGAAUCUAUCUAUGGCAAAGGGGCACGGAAAGCACCUGAUAUAUGCUUUGAAAAAGCAAAUAUUAAAGGAGAUAGGUUUGGAAACUGUGGGAUGAAAGGUGGAGUGUACAAGAAAUGCCCUGUCCAGCACAGUCUGUGUGGGAAGCUGCAGUGCACCUCUGUCAGUCUCCAGAACCUCCCAGCCUGGAGCGUUGUCAAUAACGCCUCCGGGGUUUUGUGCUGGUCCUCUGACUUUGACCUAGGAUCAGAUAUCCCUGAUCCUGCCCAAGUUCAUGAUGGCACAGCCUGUGGAGAGAACAAGGCCUGUUUAGGUUUUGAAUGUCUUGAUGCAAGAUUUCUGGGCUACAGCUGUGAUGUAAAGCAGAAGUGUAAUAAUAAUGGGGUGUGUAACAACAACGGGAACUGUCACUGCAAUCCGGGAUGGGCCCCUCCUUUCUGUAACCAGUCUGGCUACGGUGGCAGCAUUGACAGUGGUCCAGCUCACAGAGAUACAUCACUUCGGGAUGGGCUGCUGAUUUUCUUCCUCCUGGUGCUGCCUGUAGCCAUCCUCACUGCAGUAGCAGUAUUUAAACGUGAUGCAAUAAGGAGAAAACUUUGCAGGAAAAGCAGAGGACAGCACAGGGAUAGCAAUGGGCAGGAACCAAAGCAAGGCAACAGAGCAAGUCAUGAAACAGGAAACAAUCAGCCUGCUGCAUCAAGUCACAAUAUUUUUACCAUAUUGCAUUUUCCUGGUAAAAGGCAGCCAGUCCAACCCCAGCUUCCUGCAGCUUCCUCAAGACCUCAACGACCCCCAGUCCCACCUAGACCAGUUGUCUGA